AUGUGCCGCCAACGUGGGACCGUGACUCGCGCCUUGUCCUGUCCUCUGGUGCCGCUCGCCUUCCUGUCAUUCGCCUUCUUGUGCAGGGCGACGCUGCGCACAACGGGUUCUGGGUUCGCCCGUCGCCUCGAGGCCUCGUCUGAUGGAAGCCACGAGGGGAGGCCUGACUCUCCAGGAGACGCCGCGAUCGACAACGGCUUCCUCGUGGGUCGUCAGCCGCAGCUCGCAGACCGCGCGAAGGCGGGAGUAGAGCCGCAGCGCGGUUCCCGUGAUGCUGUUGAAAAGGGCUGCGAUGGUGGGACGUGUAGCCCUCUCAGUUUCGUCGAGGACGGUGUUUUUGACGUCAUCAAUCCGCACAUCGAGGGGAACGAAAGAGAUGAACUCAGCUGGCGGGCGCACCACCAGGUGGAGGGUGUAGCUGAGGAGGGCAGCGCGACAGAACCGGCAGAAUCGAAGACGCAAGGGGAUGAGGGAGGAGGGCCUACGACACAGGAUCGAACAGGGGAGGCGCCCGCGGCGGGUGGCGGCGUAUCAGAGGGAAAAGUAACGGAAGGAGAGAGACACAGACGCGGCGAAGGAGCGCAAACAGCGCUAGAACCCGAAAGAGCGAUCGAAGAGGAAUCCGCACCUUUCGCGGGGCGUAGAGCACAACCGAGCGGAGCAGAACGCCUCGCAGAGGGUGGAGAGGCAAAGCACGUCGACCAAGUGAGGAACCCGUGGGCGCUUGUCGAUCAACUGCCACCACCCUCAUCUCCGGAGGGUGACUACGACGAACAUGAAGACGAGAACGAUCCUGACGGAGGCGACUACUUAGACGGUGUCGGCGACGGAGAGGACGGAGCUUCCAAGCCCACUCAUCGAUCGGGUGCGGAGGCUGACGAUGGAGACGCUGGUGCGUCAGACGGGGACGGCGGCGUGCGAGAGGCAGACGAAGUCGAUGGACGAAGACGGCGCAGGCGCGGAAGGACGAAGCCCGUAGCAGGCGACGACGCGGGGCUCCCGUAUACGGGUUCUGAUCCUUCUGAAGUGGUAAGAGGCGAAGAGGUGUCUCCCCCAGUGUCCGGGGGUGCAUCUGAGCCAGCAGAUGAGAGACAAGGUCGGAGCGAGGAAAGCCUUCCUGCCUCUGCCCCGUGUCCGCCUUGGUCUCCCUAUCCCUGCCAUGUGUUGUCGCCCGCACCCCUCUCGCGGCCUGAAUCUCCGUCGUCUACGGAGCUGCCCGCUACUGCUUCCCCAAAGUCCGCGUCUGGCGCCGCCGCCGAAGUCUCUCCACGCCUCCAGGCGAGGAAGGCGUCGAACGAUGGGUACUGGUCUGGACCCGGCGUGUUCGUUGGAACAGCCAUCACCGUCAACGCGCGAUACGUGGCCUCCCAAACAGUGGAGGGAAACGGAGUCCAUCUUGCUUACGACGAUCAGGCAUUUCCUCCCAAGCAGGUGCUUCGCAAGGUCGCGCUGAAGAACACGUCCGGCCGCACAAUCAAGGUCUUUGUGCGCACAACCAGCGCGACUUUCACGCCCGCCCGCCGCCGCGUAUUUAACCCCCCCGCGCGUUUCGCGACUCCCGGCAAGUCCCUCUCGGACUGGUGGCUUCCUCGAAGCUUUGCCACGGCGAAGGAUUCCGUCAGCUCGCUUGCCGAGGUCCUCUUCGGCACCGCCAGCGUCGGCAGGAGUGAACGACAGGAAGAGCCGGCGGGGAGCAGGAGCCCCCCCGAACUGACGUCCAUCCGAAAUAUGCUCAAACACUAUAAACGGUUCAAGAGAAAAAACCCUGGACAACCUGGCGAGCUGGUCAUCGACGUCUGCAAGGAGAGAGUGGACGAGGCGCAUUCCUCUUCACCUGAUUCCGUGCCAGAUGCUCCUGCUCCUGCUUCCGCGCUCCAGUCCAGCGACGGGGCUGUAGACCCGUCUGCGCCGCCUUCUCCCGAGGUCUCAGCAACGCCUGACGCUUCCUCCGCGUCCGCUUCUGUCCCCCCGUCUGCCGCUGCGGGACAGAGUAGUCACAGCGACAGUACAGGAGUUGACGCUACCGGAGAUUCCGGUUCGUCCCCUUCGAAGGGUGCUCAAAACAAAAACGGCGGGAAAAGGCGACGGAGAAGGAAGCGGAAGGGGAGAUCAAGGAGAAGGACAAAACACCGCGUCACAGAUGUCCACAGCGUCCUGCAAACGGAAGAGGGAACAGAUCUCGUGGGAAAAAUUCGUGCCAGUAUGACGCAACUUUUCGGCACUCCGUCGACCGCGGUCCAGAUGCUCGUUAGCACAUGCCACAUUGUCGUGGCCCUGCCAGCAGAAGGUGUGACCAGAGCGAAACUUCAAGAGUUACUCGAGACGAUCCAGGAUACCUUCGGCAACAAUAUCGAACAGUGGUCCUUCUCCGAGAUGGUCAAAUUGCGGAGCAUAGUUCCCGACGCAGACGCGCGGCCUCGCGACAAGCUGAUAGAGAAAAUGCAGACGCUAGGAGCAAACAACUCGUCGCGCCGAAUGGCGAAGGCGAAUGAGGUCCAUGGCUUAUCAAUGAACCAAGUCAGCAAGAGGGAAACACCAUUUGAGGGGACCAUGCCCACUGACCCUGCGCUGACGUCGAAACUCUACGGCAUGUACAUGGUUAACGCGACAAGUGCGUGGAUGCAUGGCGAAUCAGGCGCCGAGACGGUGGUAGCCGUCAUCGAUUCAGGGGUCAGUCAGCACUCGGAUCUGGAUUGCAACUUUUGGCAAAAUCCGUUAGAAGAGCAAGACGGACGAGAUGACGAUGGCAACGGUUUAGUUGACGAUCAUCGUGGCUAUGACUUCCAAGACAACAAGCCUGAGCCAGAGGAUAGAAACGGGCACGGCACACAUGUUGCGGGAAUCGUUGGAGCGUGCGCGGAUGGAGAAGGCAUCGUCGGUGCGGCGCCGAACACCAAGAUCAUGGCUCUUCGAUUCAUGGACUCGGACGGCCGAGGGUCGAUGGCGAACAGUAUUCGGGCGCUGAGCUACGCAAUCGAACAUGGCGUCCAUGUUAUCAACAAUAGCUGGGGAGGCGGCCAGGCGACUUCCGUCUUGAGACGUGUCGUGCAGCUCAGCGCAGUCGCUCGCAACGGCAAGGGCAUUCUGCUUGUCAACGCUGCGGGCAAUGAAUUAACGAACAACGAUAUGGUGCCUUCGUACCCUUGCAACUGGGACCAAGAAAACACCAUCAGUGUGGCGGCAGUCGAUAUGGACGGCAACUUGGCGAACUUCAGCAACUACGGGCAGCACUCUGUUGACCUGGGGGCGCCUGGUGUCAAAAUUUACUCAACCACGCCAGGAAACUCGUAUGAGCAUAUGUCGGGCACUUCGAUGGCUGCUCCACACGUCUCAGCUACUGCGGCUCUCGUGUUUGGCGCGUUCCACAAAAACGGGUAUGACGCGCCCGCGUCCGAAGUGAAGGAUAUCAUCCGCCUCACGGCCACGCACGUCCCACAACUCGCGGCUGUCACGCGUUGGAGCAGCAUUCCGCACGCCCGUGACGCCGUGUUGAUGGCGAGAAUGGGAGGGAUGUUCGCACAGGCGCACUGCGAAGAUAUGAUCUUCGAGCUGGAUCCUGGCCAGACUCACGUCAUCGAUCUCCUUCUGAUGGGCUAUCGCCCUGGAACCUUUACGGCGAAGUUAACGUUCGACGUCUUCAGCCAGGAAGGAGACGUGCUGGACCAAGUCAAAGUCCCCAUGACCCUCUUUGUUUCCAAGUCGCCUGGCCAGAACUCGCCGAGCGACUCAGAAGCCGCGUCAGCUUUCUCCGACCUUAUUACGAACUUACCGGCGCAUCCGUCUGAAGGCUUCGAAGAGCUCUGUCGCGUGCAGUCAAAGAUGAGCAAUGAGCAGGGCAUGUCGAUCAUGAUGAUCGUCGGCAUCUGUCUCGGUGUGGUAGCUGCCGUUGCAGCACUGAUUUUAGUUUGGCUGUUCUGCACAAAGAGAAAAGAGCGCCCUCGACGACACGAGGCGAAGGCUGAACCGCGCCAGAGAAGCCGGUCCCCGCGAGGAGCUCGCGAGCAAAACUGGGCAGGUGGCUACGUACCUGGGAGGGAGCUGCACUUCCGGCCGUCGGAGACGCUUCUGCAUUUUGCGGGUUUAGAUGGAGCUCAGAGCCCCGAAGCGCUGCCGGAAGGGCGUCGGGGUCGCAUGGGAGCCAAGCGAGCGGCGGGCGAGUAG